GCCUAUGGAGCAAUGCUCAAUGCUCCACAAGCACUCCGGUACGAACGAUACUACGGCCGCAAGAGGGUAACCCCAGAUUCCAGUGACUUGUACCCUUGGAUUUAAGGAGGGGGAAAUUUCGAGCUUACGGAGAAACGUCAAACCACAAUAACAAUGGGUGCUCCACUAUCUUUUGGCCAAAAAUAAAAUAAAACAAAUGGGUGCUCCAUAAAUUUCCCAACAAAGCCUCUUAGAUUCCUUACCACCUCCUACCUUAAGAUAGACAUAUACAACUCUCUCUCUCUCUCUCUCUCUCUUGCGAACAAAGCUCAACUCUUUUUAAGUGGGCAAGGCUUUCAAACUUCCACCCACAACGCUUCAAGGUUUCCCCAGAAAAUGGCCAUCCAGAUUCUGUUUCAUCUCUCUCUUCUCCUCCUAAUUCUACUAUCACCACCACCCACAACUGCAAAUCUAGAAGGGGAUGCUCUGUAUGCAUUGAGGAGGGCUGUGAAUGACCCACAUAAUGUGCUGCAGAGUUGGGAUCCGACUUUGGUGGAUCCAUGUACUUGGUUCCACGUUACUUGUGAUUCUGAUAAUCGGGUCACUCGCCUUGACCUUGGAAAUGCAAAGCUCUAUGGCAAAAUCGUUCCAGAGUUAGGGAAGCUUGAACGUCUUCAGUAUCUGGAACUGUACAUGAACAAAUUGGUGGGCCCAAUCCCUAAUGAACUUGGAGGAUUGAAGAACCUUGUUAGCUUGGAUCUUUACCACAAUAACGUUACUGGGUCUAUCCCUCCAUCACUCUCAAGCCUCUCCAACCUCAGAUUUCUGCGACUGAAUGGUAACAGGCUGACAGGAAGAAUCCCAAGGGAACUGACCAAGCUUGGAAACCUUAAGAUCUUGGAUGUGUCCAACAAUGAUCUGUGUGGGACCAUUCCAACCUCAGGCUCGUUUUCUAAGUUCACAGAAGAAAGUUUCGUGAAUAACCCGAAACUAGAAGGACCAGAACUAAUGGGAUUUGUGAGAUACGACGCUGGAGGCUGCAACUGAGAUACAUAGGGUCGUUGCUUUUGCAGUUUUGUUUAUGCCUGUUUGGUAGUAGUAUCGAUCCAAUUAUAUCGGAUGUCCUCGAAGGGACCUGUUUAGUAGUAGUAAUUUGCUCUCAGAAUAUGAUUCCUUGUAUGGUGAAGUGAGUAUUAUUCUCAACUCCAUGUUCUGUUUUAGUUGUAAAGAGAUGUGAUAUGGAGUAUAUAACUGUUUAUGCCUA